UUCUCUACUCAGCCCCUCCUGCAUGUUUCCUAAACUUCUCACCAGGUGGAAUCACAUGUAAGAAAGACCAUAUCUUGUUGUAGGAGCUUCUAGUUGUAAUUAAAUUCUAAGUUCAUAACUCACAAAAUGGAAGGAGAAGAAGAUUAUUCUGCAGCUAAUGCUGGAGCUUCUGCAACAUAUCCAGUGCAGUGCUCGUCUUUAAGAAAAAAUGGUUUUGUUAUGUUAAAAGCUCGUCCUUGUAAAAUCAUGGAAAUGAGUACUUCAAAAACAGGAAAACAUGGACAUGCCAAGGUACAUCUUGUAGGACUUGAUAUUUUUACUAAUAAGAAAUAUGAAGAUUUAUGUCCAUCUACACAUAAUAUAGACGUUCCAAAUGUUAAUCGUUGUGAUUUUCAGCUCAUUGAUAUUAGUGAUGAUGGUUUUGUGACUUUAAUGAACGACAAAGGUGACACCCGUGAUGAUCUCAGAAUCCCAGAGGGAGAGCUGGGCACAAAGAUUAAAGAUGAAUUUGGUAAAGAAGAUAUUACAGUGAUAGUUACAGUACUUUCAGCUGUUGGUGAAGAAGCUAUUGUUGCAUGCAAGAAUGCCAGUUAAAUGAGAAAUAAAUUUGAAAUAUUGUUACUGGGGAGCAUUUUUUCCUAUUGCUUCUGUGUUUAAUACAAAAAUAAAGCAUUCCCUUCAAUAUUUCUCACAAACUUCGGUUCAAGUAUCAAAAUUAAUAGAAAUCAAAUUGCUCAAAAAUUUGAAAUAGUUCUUUAGGAAACUGCUUAAAGCUUAAAAUUUGAAUUGGAUUUACUCGAGUCAAUCUAAUCCAGCCACUAUUAAAGUUUCAUCUCAUGUAUCCGGAGAGAUGCUUGAACAUUAGUGUAAAAGCACUUUGUCACAACUUCAUGUCUCUAAAUGUUGAAUCAACUGAGUGUGAGUACAAGGUAUGGUAAUUCACAUGUCUUUGAGGUCUGAAUUAAAGAACUUAGUCCAAAACAAUUUGAGGUGCUAAAUUUUGUUGCUGUGUUCGAAUGAUGUAAUAGUAAAACUAUUUUACCCCUUUAAAAUGUGUUUCUCAGUAAUAAACAAAAUUGUGAUCUGUACCAUGCUUAUGAAGUCUGUGCAAUGAAGUUGUGUGUUUUUUUGACCAUGAGAUUUUCGUUGGUCGGUUGACCAUGUGAUUUUAUUAAGAUACUUUAAGUGCAUGUGAAAUUCACUUGCAGCUUGGUUGCACAUAAUUAGCUCUCUGUUUGAUUUUACAUGGAUACUUUCCUGUAAACUGUUAUGGAUGUUCUAAUUCAAGUGGAAAUGAUAUUACUAUUUCUGAGCAUAAUGAUUGGACUCUUAAAUGUACAUGAUGCCAAUCAAUAUUGCAGGGCUGCCAUUAAUAAGAAAAUGGCAUCUGCAAAGAUAAAUUAAACAAUAUUUUUUUAUGUAUUUUAGAUCUAAAUAACAAUGAUGCAGUUUGUUUUAGAAAGUUUUAAUAAGUGUCGUUGAUUUCACCCUCUUUUUUUUUUUUUUAUUUAUUUUUUUAAUUUGAAUAUAUUGGGUUUUUAAAAUUCACUUAAAUUUAAUGUGAGACUUGAUUUUUUUCUACUUUGCUUUUCCCUUCAACACUUUCCAUUGUACGGGUCUCUUUUUUUCCCCCGUAAGUUAAGUUUAUCUAAAAAUUCACAUUAGCAACAAUGUAUUUUCUUAACUGUUGCGUGACUCCUUUAUGUUUGAAAAGUAAAACUUUAAUGUUUUGGAUGCAAUCAUUGUAUUAGUGGAGUCUGCUUUUGAUUAAUAAAGUGUCCUUUUUUAAAAUA